UUAAUUAUAAAUUUAUUAUAUAGGAAAAAAUAGAAAAUACUAAGCUUUUUACAAAUUUAAUAAUUAGUUAUAUUAUAGCAAAAUGGAUUAUAUAAAUUAAAUAUGACAAAUUAUAUUAAAUUGAUAAAUUAACCUAUUUUAUUUUUAAAUGCUUUCAUAUAAAUAAAUUAGCAUUCACUUUUAAAAUGGCCUAUGUUAUAUUUUAUACAAAAAUUAAAGUUAACGUAUGUUGAACUUUUAUAUCUUCAGUUAUAUAUCUUCAAAAUAACAUAUAUUUCAUAAAAUAAAUCCAUUUGAUUAUAUCAGAUUAUAAAUUAUUGUACCAAAAUCGAAAGCAUAAUAACAUUAAAAAGGUAAAAUAUAUAAAAUAAAAUAAAUAUAUGUUAAUGUAAUAAUAAAAUAAAUAAUAAGAUUAAGGAGUUACACGUAAAACUUUUAUACGAAAGGUAAAAUUAACAUAUGUUAAAUUUUUAUAUCUACAAUUAUAUAUAUUCAAAUUAUUUAAGUUAUAUAUUUAUAAAAUAAAUAAUAUCAACACGGACGAUGUAAAUUAAACUCUAAUUGUAAAUUUAUGUAUAUGUGUGGCAGAAAGAAUCGCAGCAAAUCUUUUGAUUACACAUGAACUAUUUCUCACUCGUAUCCCAAGAUCUCCUAUUGUUCUCUAUUAAUAAACUAUAAUAUAGUGACAACUCAACGUUAACAACUAUGAUCUGCAAGAUUCGAGGACAUUUCAAAUUAAUUCAAAGUUAGGUAUGACUUAAAUUAUAUUAAUCCAUUAAAGAGCAAAAAAAAACGUUUCCGAAGCUUUUAAAAUUUCUUUAUUUAUAACCCUUUAAUUUGAGGUGAUGCAGAUAUCAAAAAUUAAACGUCAACUAUCUAUCAUACGGUCUGAUGGAUCUAAAGAAGUUAACAUCAAAUGUGAAGCACAUACAAGAUGAUGUAUUAAAGGAGAUACUUACGCUUAAUGCUAAAACAGAGUAUCUCCGAGGCUACCUCCAUGGAAGCUGUGAUAAAGAGUUAUUCAAGAAGAACGUACCGGUAGUAAGCUACGAUGAUGUUAAGCCUUAUAUCGAACGAGUUGUGAAUGGAGAACCUUCAAAUGUCAUUUCUGGAAAACCCAUUACUCGAUUUCUCUUCAGCUCAGGAACUACUGCAGGGAAACAAAAGAUCUUCCCAGUUAACAACAAGUUCUUUGAGGACAUGUCAUUUAUCAUUGCUCUACGCUUAUUCGUUAUAUCAAAGCAUUUCGAAGGUGGCCAAAAAGGAAAGGCGUUAACGCUGUUUUUCACCAGGCCGCAGUCUACAAUGCCAUCUGGUUUGCCCAUUUCUACUUCGUUUACGGGUUACUUAUUGAGUGACAGUUUCAAGAACCGGCCCUCAAAUUGUUUUACAAGCCCAGACGAAGUGACGUUGUGCCCAGAUAAUAAGCAGACUAUGUACUGCCAUCUUCUUUGCGGUCUUCGUCUGAGAGACGAAGUUGUGAAUGUGACUGCUACCUUUGCUUCAUCUUUGGUUGGAGCAAUCACUUUUCUUGAAAGCUACUGGAAAGAAAUGUGUAGCAAUAUCCGGUAUGGUCAUGUUAGCGAGUGGAUCACCGACCUUAGUUGCAGAGACGCUGUUAAUAACAUCCUAGGAGGAGGUAACUCCGAAUUAGCAGAUCGGAUUGAAGAAGAAUGCAACACAAAAUCUUGGGAAGGUAUAAUCACACGUCUUUGGCCUAAAGUAAAAUUCAUUCAAAGCACUGUUACAGGACAAAAUUCUCAAUGCAUUCCAAUGUUAGAGUUUUACUCCAACAAUGUGCCUUUGAUCUCCACGGUCUAUGCAUCUUCAGAAACAAUGUUUGGGAUAAAUAUGAAUCCCUUCUGCAAACCACAAGAUGUAUCCUACACUUUUAUUCCCACCUUAUCCUACUUUGAAUUCAUACUUGCUGACGAAGGAAACAAAGGUGAAAUUGUUGAUCUUGGGAAUGUCAAGAUUGGGUCCUACUAUGAGCCCUUGAUCACAAAUUAUUACGGCUUGCACAGAUAUAGAAUGGGAGAUAUUCUACAAGUGUCUGGAUUUUACAAUGAUGCACCUCAAUUUAGGUUCGUUCGCAGGAAAAAUGUGGUUCUAAGCGUCAGCUUGGAAGUGACAACUGAAGAAGACAUUUUAAAGGCAUUGAAUAAUGCAACACUUGUUCUUAAGAGUUCAGAUUUAGUAUUGAUGGGAUUCACAUGCUAUGCUGAUAUCUCCACUCUUCCAGGUCACUACAUUUUUUACUGGGAACUCAAAUCCAAAACCAUCAGUGACAUUGUUAAACUUGAUAACAAAGUAUUGGUGGAAUGUUGUUGUGUAAUGGAGGAAUCUUUAUGUGCUCUUUAUCGAGAGCUGAGGAGUAAUGAUGGGUCUAUUGGAGCUCUAGAGAUUAGGGUUGUGCAACAGGAAACGUUUAAUUCGCUGAUGGAGCUUGCCAUCUCUCAAGGUGCUUCCCCAUCUCAGUACAAGACUCCUAUUUGCAUCAAUUCUUCUGAAGCCUCAGCUGUUCUUGAAAGCAAUGUCCUAGCUUGCUUUUUCAGUGAUAAAUCCCCAACUCUCUGAUCAGAUAUGGUCUAUGUGGAUUAUGUUAACCCACGAAAACAAUUAGAUCAUAUAGUUGAGAAUAAUGAAUGGACAAAGUUGUUCGAUGAGGUGAGCUUUUGUGUUUAUUAAGUGUGUGGUUUGUGUAAUGUCUUCCUUUUCAAUCACUAGGGUACCUGUGCUUUCCGCCAGUUUGUUUGAUGUUUGUAUUCUACGUAUUUGGUUUGGCUGCCAUUCGUAUUCUACAUAUUUCGUCUGUUUCAAAUUUAUAUUCUAUGUACUUGUUUUUGAGGGUAUUUAAGAUUCAAGACUUCACA